UUGGUUUCUCAUACACAUUGUGUUGCAGAGAGAGUUAUUAAGAAGAAAAAGAUGGUUACGUGGUUGAGAAAUGCAAGGCCCUAUCUGAUGUUACUGGCUGUUCAAUUUGGUUCUGCUGGCAUGUUCAUAUUUGCCAUGGAUGCUAUAAAGAAGGGUAUGAGCCAUUACGUCUUCAUUGUCUACCGUAACGCCAUAGCCUCUAUAACUCUAGCUCCCUUCGCCUUUGUUCUUGAAAGGAAAGUUCGGCCGAAGAUGACUGUCGGUAUAUUUUCAGAGAUUAUGGCACUGGCUUUCUUCGAGAUAAUACUGGAUCAGUGUUUCGCUCUCUUGGGCAUGAAGUUCACGUCAGCUUCUUUCCUAUCUGCUGUCAUGAACUCUGCACCCUCUGUUACUUUUGUCAUGGCUGUUAUUCUGAGCCUAAGGAAAGCAGAGAAUCACCGACGUAGGUUAUUGUAUAGGUUGGAGCACAUGAAGAUAAAGGAGGUGGCAUGUCAAGCCAAAUUGAUUGGAACAAUAGUAACUUUUGGAGGAACCUUGCUAAUGGCACUUUACAAAGGCCCUGUGAUUACUUUGAUGAAAUCUUCAACAACUCAUGCUGCCCAACCUCAGACUCUGAACAACCCCACCGCUAACCACUGGAUCCUAGGAACAUGUUUCCUCCUCAUCGGUUGUGCAGGCUUCUCUGCGUUUUACAUAUUACAAACCAUAACAUUGAGAAAAUACCCAACAGAGAUGUCCCUGGCGACUUGGGUUUGCUUCGUAGGUGCACUUCAAAGCUCUGUUGUAGCAGCCAUCGCAGAACGCCGCCACCCUCAUGCAUGGGCCAUUGGUUGGGAUACACGACUCUUUGCUCCAGCUUAUGCAGGAAUAGUUACAUCAGGAGUUCAGUAUUACAUACAAGGCAUGGUGAUUAAAUCGAUGGGCCCAGUUAUUGUGACUGCUUUUAAUCCUCUUCGUAUGAUCAUCAUUACCACCUUGGCCUGCAUCAUUCUAUCUGAGCAACUCUACCUUGGAAGUGUUAUUGGAGCUAUAGUUGUGGUUCUUGGGCUAUAUCUAGUCGUGUGGGGAAAAGCUAAAGAAUGCCAACGAAGAAUGCCACCAUCCCCUGCAAAGGAUAACUUUCCAGAAGACCAACGACAGCUACCUGUUACAGCUCCUAGGAAUGAUAAUAAGGGUUAACUACCGUUUCCAUUUCAAUAAUAAUAAAGCUUGAUAAUUAUAAAUUUGUAGUACAUAUAUAUAUAUUAAGCAUCCAUCUCUCUCCCACUUAAUACUAAUUAGUGUUAAACACGAUGGACAGGCCCAAAGGCUGUAAGAAUGCUAAUGGCCCAUGUACCAGGGAGAUCACGGAGUGAAAUUAAACAUCAUACGUACAAAUGGAAUAAUUACGAUUAAACUCCAAUAAUAUUAAAUCGCAUUAAUGAAGUAAAACUUUUAUUCUAAUUGCAAAGGACAAUGAUAUUUUAACACNAUUUUUUGACA